CUCCAAUGCUCCCCGCCAGGAACAUAUCGCGGAGCUUUUGACGUUCUAACCAAAAUUGUACGGACAGAGGGUGUUUUUGCGUUGUACAAAGGAGCAACACCUCCCGCAGUUGGCUGGGCUGCAAUUGACUCAGUCCUGCUCGGAUCUUUGCACAACUACCGCUUAUUCCUGCUUCGACAUGGAAUGACUGAACCUACCCCUGGGUUAGGUAUACCCCGGUUAUCUCUAUUUGCACAUGGGGUGGCUGGGCUCUUUGCUGGCUUAACGAGCGCUUUAAUAGCCACUCCGGUUGAGCUUUUGAAAGUCAAACUCCAGCUUCAAUCCGAGAGGUCGGUUCUUGACCGCCAAUUUAAAGGCCCUGUGGACUGUGCGAGACAAGUCAUACGCGUUCAAGGUUUCCAGGGCUUGUGGUCCGGACUAACGGGAAGCCUCGCAUUCAGAAGUAAUUUUUUCUGGAUGUUUCUGACAUUCGAGGCUUUGAUGCGAGGAUUUUCGCGAUUGACAGGAUCGCCAUAUGAGAUAAGCACAGGCACUGCAAACUUUCUCUCCGGUGGCCUCGCAUCAUUCGCCUUUUGGGGUAUGGCCAUACCUGCUGAUAACAUUAAAAACCGGAUGAUGUCACAUCCCUAUCCCUUGCCCUACCCCUCCUCGACCUCCAUCACAAGGCCAUCCUUCAUCUCCGUCGCUCGCCACAUCUACUACAGGGAUGGUUACUCCGGCUUCUUCCGCGGGUUGGGGCCCAGUCUUUUACGUGCAUUUCCAGUGAACGCUUCCGCCUUUUUUGUGUAUGAAGGUACGAUGAGACUCUUAGGAGCCGAGAAGGUAUUUAUUACCUCAAGCUAUGAAAACUGGCUUACAAUGGCUCGGGACAGACACGUCAUUAAAAUUCAGAUAGAUUGCUAA